AUGAAAUGGUCAAGUCGUGUACCGGACGUCCGCCGGGGACGGGGACCGCCGUUGCUUUGUUCUACAUGUCCGACCCCUGUGAGAUGUGAUCAUAAAGCAGCCCUCAACACGGUCGUCGUAUCGUCGGUGGUGCCCCCCUCCCCUCCCUCCCCGUGGUCCGGGAGUGUGUCCUCAAUUCGUCGUAUCGCCUGCGCUCCGUCCGAGGCCCUACUGGAGAGUCUCCUCGGAGCGAGGGACGAGUACCUCGUGACGACCUGCCUGGGGCACGAGGCGAGAUGUGACGGAGCUCUCGUGAGGUCCGACUGGGUCGUGGUUGAAUACUCGUGUCUCGCACCCCACGAGUUCACUCCCAUGAAAUACGUGAUUUUGGGCAAACACAACUGUUCAAUGGAAGCGGUGACUUCGGGGUUCACCGAACAGGGAGUCUCGCUGAGUCGCACCGUGGUGAGAACGUUUCCUGGCGAGAUGGAAACUUAUAUGAACCUCGCCCUGCUCAAGCUGGACCGACCUUACGAACUUCAAUAUUACAAUCGGUCUCACGACUCGGAAACUCUCGAUAAGUUUUCCAGGUGGUUUGAGGUUUAUAUGUAUAUGUCUACUAUACAAACUACGUCAAAUGAUAUGUCGCAUGUGACUAUCCAUCACGUGAGGCCGGUUCCCUUCAAGGUGUUCCUACUAACUGUGAUUCUGCCCAUGGUGGCGUUUGCAGCAUUCUUUGUCUACAUUAUAUUCUACACGGGCAGUACAGAAGAAUCUAAGAUUUCUUAUAAAACACUAAAUAAUGAGAAGAAAGAACACCCCGUCUAA